CGGUAUCUUCAUUAGUUGAUUAGUCGGCAAUUUGAAAUAAAGCGGAGCCAAUUCAUACUACUAGGUGCAAGUGUUCGAUCGGCUUGCACAUGGCGUGGAGCCUCGCGGACCGAGCGGUCCGCCGCUCCGCUGCUGCUGCUCGGCGGCCGGCGGCCGGCCGCAGGUGCUGCGCUCGGGUAGAAGCUGUGUAUGCGACGCAUCGGGCCACGGUGCUGGUCACGGAGAAGCUGGGUGAUGCGGGCCUGGACCGGCUGCGGCUGACAUGCAACGUGGAGACUGCGUACGGCCUGACGCAGGAGGAGCUGUGCGCCAAGGUGUCACUGGUGGAUGCGCUGAUUGUGCGGUCGGGGACAAAGGUGACGCGCGCCGUGUUCGAGGCCAGCCACGGGCGGCUCAAGGUGGUGGGGCGCGCGGGCGUGGGCGUGGACAACGUGGACCUGGCCGCCGCCACGGAGGCGGGCUGCCUAGUGGUGAACGCGCCCACCGCCAACACCGUGGCGGCGGCGGAGCACGGCAUCGCGCUGCUGUGCGCCAUGGCCAGGAACAUCCCGCAGGCCGACGCCUCCAUGAAGGCCGGGUCCUGGGACCGCAGCGCCUACGUGGGCACCAGCCUGGCUGGCAAGACCAUUGCGGUGUACGGCUUCGGCAAGGUGGGCUCGGAGGUGUCCCGGCGCGCCCGCGGGCUGGGCCUCACGGUGGUGGCCUACGACCCCUACGCCAGCGCCGAGAAGGCGGCGGCGCAGGGCGUGCAGCUGGUCACCUUCGACGAGGCGCUGCAGGUGGCCGACUUCCACACGUUGCACAUGCCGCUGACGCCCGGCACCAAGGGCCUGUUCAACGACUCGGCCUUUGCGCGCAUGAAGCGCGGCGCACGCAUCAUCAACGUGGCCCGGGGCGGUGUCAUCGACGAGGCAGCCCUGCUGCGCGCGCUGGAGUCCAAGCAGGUGGCGCAGGCGGCUCUGGACGUGUUCCUGGAAGAGCCGCCCAGCUUCGAGAACCACCCGCUGGUGCACCGGCCGGACGUGAUCUGCACGCCACACCUGGGCGCCAGCACCACAGAGGCGCAGGAGGGCGUGGCGCUGGAGGUGGUGGAGGCGGUGGUGGACGCACUGGCAGGCAACCUCAGCGUCAACGCAGUCAACGCGCCCAUGGUGCCGGCGGAGAUCCUCCGCGAGCUGCAGCCCUACAUCGUGCUGGCUGAGGGGCUGGGCCGCGCCGCCGUGGGCCUAGUCAGCAACAGCACCAGCAGCAGCAGCAGCGCUAGCAGCAGCAGCAGCAGCAGCAGCAGCAGCAGCAGCAGCGGCGGCGCGCACUCGCAGGGCGGCAAGGGCGGGUUCGGGGACAUCGCCAUCACCUACUCCUCGCCGCGCGGCGACGACCUGGACACACGGCUGCUGAGGGCCAUGGUCAUCAAGGGCGUGCUUGAGGAGACCACCACCAGCAAGGUCAACCUGGUCAACGCCGACCUGCUGGCGCGCAACCGCGGCCUGCGCAUCACCGAGGUCUCCAUCCGCGCCGGCGGCGACGGCACGUCCGAGGUGCUGACCAGCAUGAGUGUGGCGCUGGGCACAGCCGACUCCAAGUUCUCAGCGGCGGUGGACAGGACCAACCGCAUCUACGUGGAGGGCCGCGUCACGGGUGGUGCGCCCUUCCUGACCAAGAUCGGCAACUUUGACGUGGAGCUGGCGGUGCAGGGCAGCGUCAUGCUGACGCGGCAGCGCGACCAGCCGGGCAUCGUGGGCGGCGUGGGCAUGCUGCUGAGCCGGGACAACGUCAACAUAAGCUUCAUGACUGUGUCGCGCACGGCCAAGGACGGCGAGGCCAUCAUGGCCAUCGGCAUCGACAGCGAGCCCAGCCCCGCCACCCUGGAGGAGAUCACGCGCGUCAAGGGCGUCAUCGAGGUCACCAUCUUCAAGGAGGUGGCGCCGCCGCAGCGGUGACACCGCCGGGUUGCGUGUGGGACAGGGGUAGCGCCGCCGCAGCGGUCACACAGCACCGGUGCGGGGUGGGACAGGGGUAGCGCCGCCGCAGCGGUCACACAGCACCCCGCUGCCGGCGGCGGUGUGGCGAGGAGCGGGCAGUCCGCAUGUGAUGGCGCUGCGGGGUGGGUGUGCUGGUGUGUUGGAGGCACCUGCGGCUGUUGAGGGCGCGCCGUGCGCAUCUGCAGCUGCAGGCGCAAAGGCGCCGCCGCGGCGGUGGGAAGCGGACCCUCGGGAGUUGGGACUUGCGCGCAUGCACGUGCAUGGCACGUGUGCGUCAUGCAUUGCGCCGUGCAGGGGGCGUUAAAUUGAGGGUGGUAAUGGAGUGGACUAACACGUUUAGAACACUGCGGCGGGAGCGAGCCAAUCUUCAGCAUAUUUGGCGUCCCGGGGUCGAGUGUUGGUUAGGGAGCUAGGCGGCUCGAGGUUUGAAUGGUGAUAGCCGGGUAGAGUGAAAGAGGACAACAGCGUCGGGACGUGCAUGCGUGAUACGGUGUAUGUGCUCACGUGAUGUGCGUCACAUUGACAUCGGUGUGGUUGAGGGCUUGAGGCCAUGCGUUGAGGCGUUGAGGCGGAAACCUUUGUGCUCCGCGCAGCGGAGCUGCGGAAGGGCCUGUGCAACCGUAUCGGUGGGGCCUUGCGUUGCGUUGGCCUGCUUCAGACAUAAUCGAUGCAGUUAUGCAUGGAGAUAGGAUGCAAGGGGAAGAGGACGGGGCGGGGCCGGAAUGUGCUGAGGCACAACGGUGGGCCUGAUGUCUGCGCAUUGUACCGGUACCUGAGACGGUCCUCCGAGGGUGCCUCCUUGGGGCGAUACAGGGGCAUCGUGCAAAUGUCUUGGCAUGAAGGAGGGGUCACUUGCAUCAGCGGUCGGAAGGUGAUGGUGCUGGUGACGGUAGCUGUUCAAAGUGGCCGCGCGAGCGUCUGCUGGCCGGGAAGUGGCAACGCCGGCGCCCGGCGGCCGCGCGAGUGUCCGCUGACAUGGCCUGCGUGUGCCAGCCUGCCAGGGUAUUCUGGCAGACUAUGGUGCCUCAUCGGGCCCAGGCUCAUGUAAGCCACGAAGCGA